UAGUUUUCCAGCAGACUUGAAAAUUAGGCACUAGUGGUUGCAUGCACUUUGCCUGGAAGAUCGCGAGUUCCUGCCUAGAGCUGAAGUGAGCAGACUGCAUUUUACGCGGGAUUGCUUCUCCAACGCAAUGGAGGUGGAAAUGGGCUUCUCCACACAGCUCGCACUAAAAAGUGACGUGGUGCGGGAGUUAAGACCGCAGUUUGAGCCAGCGGCUCGAAUUGUUAUGGCUCAGGCCACAGACACCUUGACAUUCUCCACUUCAGGUGAAGGUGGGAGAGAAAAGUCCUCUACUUCAAAUGAACGCUCUGUUGCAAAGCUACUUGCGUCACUACAGUCACUCCCCAUUUUAGUGACUCUGACAGCAGCUGUCAAUCAAUCCGUCACUGCGGGUCUCAGGUUCAUGCCCCACCCUCGGUUCAUUCCCUUUAUCUCCGCUGUGCUCUCCCCACUUUUCAGCAUUUUUCAAAUACUGCCAGUGGGUGGAGUCAGGCUUUUACCAGGGCUUUAGUUACAGUACCCUUUAGGCAGAGGCAGGGAUACAUUGACCAGAAAGGGGGAAAUCCCACGCAUCCCCCCUUUUAAAUCGCACCCUGAAUAGGCUAAACUACACAUUUCAGAGAGCGUGUGACAGGAGUCGUUUACUCUGACUCGCACAGCAAACGCUCACAAGUGCAACAUUCCUUCAAAUGAAACCGGUUACUAACACGUCGCCUUCUCCCUUUGUGGUCCGAAAAAUUAGGAAGAGGAGCAUACAACACCAUGAUAAGGAGAUUCUAGUGUGGAAUUCUCAACUUGAUUAAUUCCUAAAACAAUAAUGUUUAGCGUUCAGUUUAUUUUAAGGAACUGGUAUAGACUCCUGGUGAAAAUGCAGCAGCAGCUCAAGUGUUGCUUUUUUUUGGGAACAAUACUGAUUGCAUUCUUCAUAAUUUGCUGGGAUUCAAGGAGAGAGAGGACAUUUUACCAGCAAACGGCCUCAUCACUAGAUCUCACACACCUCAAAAUGCGGCAAGAACAUAGAAGGCGUAUUAUAAGAGAGCUUUGCUCGGCCAGCAGCAGUGUGAAUUUUACAGAGAAAUUAAUCAAAUUUGACCAGAUUCCAAACAAAGCCCUGGACCACCUCAUUGUGGAUGAUCUCCAUGGUGUUAUUUACUGUUUUGUACCAAAGGUAGCCUGUACCAACUGGAAACGAGUCAUGAUUGUGCUCAGCCAGAACCUGAAGGCACCUGAUGGAGCUCUGUAUCUGGAUCCUCUUGACAUACCACGCAAGAUAAUCCAUAAUUCUACAUUGCAUAAGACGUUUAACAAGCUUUGGAGGCGUUUUGGACGUUACUCACGUCCUUUGAUGCAUCACAAACUGAAGAAUUACACAAAGUUCCUUUUUGUGCGGGAUCCUUUUGUACGACUUAUUUCUGCUUUUCGGGACAAGUUUGUUAAGCCAGAUGAGUAUUUCUACAGUCAUUAUGGCUCCACAAUGCUUCAACGUUAUGCUAAUAUCUCAAAGCCCCCUGACUCUGCCAAAGAAGCAUUUGCUGCAGGUAUUAGAUUGUCCUUUACUCAUUUUAUUAAGUACCUGUUAGAUCCAAAGACGGAGGAGGAGAAGCCAUUUAAUGAGCAUUGGCAGCAGAUGUACAGACUCUGCCAUCCGUGCCAAAUUGAGUAUGACUUUGUAGGCAAACUUGAAACUCUUGAUGAGGAUACAGAACAAUUGUUGAAGAUUCUUGGGCUGGAUGAUUACAUUCACUUUCCCCCAGGGUAUGAGAACAGGACAGCAGUAGACUGGGAACGAGAAUGGUUUGCAAACAUUUCAGUAGCUGACAGAAGAAAACUCUACCAUCUUUAUGAAACAGACUUUAAAUUAUUUGAAUAUGACAAACCUGAGACCCUUCUGGAUGAAUGAUUACAUAUUACUGUCUAAAAAACUGAUUUCUGCUCAGUUCUGCUCUUUCUGCUUUUGGAAAACCUCAAUGCCACAUGCAAAUAUACUGUAGGUCUAUGUGUGUGUGUGUGGGCAUGUUUUUGUGACAUAUCAGGACACAACUUUGUAUAAUGACAUGGGUAUGACACAGGUAUUACAAGGAGAGGGUGACUUAUGAAUAAUCUAUUUAUUGAUUGUUUAUUGUUUUUAUUAUUUUAACCAUGUCUGCAUGGUAGGCAAUUUUUGUAUUGGUACUUUGUGUGUGAUUGUGUGUGAUCUGUUAUACUAUCUGUUGCAAAAUGAAUUGCCCCAUUGGGGACAA